CCAAUUGAAUUCAUCCUCAACCAUUCAUUCAGUGAGCCUAGUAUGGAUUCGGGCCUGCAUUCUUUCUGGUGCAAUCAGUGCAAGAGGAUGGUCACCGUAGAGUCGCAAGAAGCCUUAUCCUGUCCGCACUUCCGCGACGCCUACUUCAAUCCGGUGAUAGUCCUCCGGAACGCCUCGGAGGAAGCCAGGGGGCAGGGCUACCAGUUCUACUAUGACGACAGGUCGGGUGCAGGGAUCCGGGCUCUGCCUUCCUCCGUUUCGGAGUCGUUGGCCGGGUCUGGAUCCGGAUCCGAGGCGACGCUGGAGCGCGUCUUGGAUAUCGGAUUCAGCAUGUUGGUCGGCCCGGAGAAUCAGCCGGCCAGCAAGCGUGCUGUGGCGUCCCUGCCCGCGGUGCAGGUCCAGGCCUGCCACGUGGACGCGGAGCCAUACUGCGCCGUGUGCACGGACGCCUUUGUGGUCGGGGCGGAGGCCCGCGAGAUGCCCUGCAAGCACCUCUACCACGCAGACUGCAUAUUCCCGUGGCUCAAUCUCCACAAUUCCUGCCCGGUUUGCCGCCACGAGUUGCCGGGGGCGGGGGCCGUGGGGCUAUUGAUCCGGCGGUUGUCUGACGGCGGAUUCACAGUGGGGAGAUUUGUUGAGGGUGAGGUGUCGGUGGAGGGUCUCGUCUACGACACCGACGGCACGUUGAGGGCAAUUCAGUGGCGGACGAUAAUGCCGCCACCGAGGGGAAGUGCUUUCCGGCGAUUUUUCAGUUCGAUUUUUCGGAGGCGGAGUCUUCAGGAGUCGGGUUAAGGUGAAUCGGUUUUGGGUAUGAGUUAAGGAGCUACAGGCGCCCAAAUUCUUUAGUCCUCAAUUUAUUGUUGCUUUCAUUUUCAAUUAUGCUUUAUUUUCUUAGUCUAGUAGUACGGACGUGUAAAACAAAAUAUUCUUUAAACCUUAUAAUUCAUUUUUUUUCUGAACUCUUUCCUAUUACAAUAUGUAUAUUCUUUAAACCUUAUAAUUCAUUUAUACAAAUUAUUUCAUCA